AUGAAAGAAAAUAAUUACUCUGCGCAAUCCGAACACCAACAGGGUCCAACUACUAGCUCAAUUAAACCCACUAAAAAAUGUAUGGUUUGUGAUACUGCGUGCUCUUAUCAUUAUUAUGGCGUACAGAGUUGUGAAGGAUGUAAGCAGUUCUUCCGUAGAUCAGUCGUAAAACAGAAAAUUUUCCAUUGUUGGAAAGAUAAACAAUGUGAUAUAACGAAAGCUAAUCGCUGCAGAGGAUGCCGGCUUGAUAGGUGCCUGUUAGUUGGCAUGGAUCCUUUGCUAAUUAAUGCUGAAAGCACCCAAUCGCUCGAUUUAUUUAUUGAAACGCUAGAAAAUCGUCGUACUAAGUUGUUGAGCAUGCAUGGCGUCUGUCAAUCAUCGAGCAAUUUAAAUGCUGAAGGUGCUUCUGAUAGUGGAUUAAUGAAUACACUUCACUUUCUCGGAAAAUGCCAUUAUAGAAUAUGGGCAUCUAACACUCCAUUUAACUUUGCUAGUUUAAAUUCAUCGUCAAAUAUUCAAAACUAUCUAGAAGAUCCCAAUCAUAUUUUAGCAAAAGCCGACGAAUUUUCGGAUAAUAUGCCAUCGUUUUGGAAUUCGGAAAGGUUUCGUGCUGAAGUAGAAGUGUUUGGGUUCUCUUCUCCAAAACAUAUAAAAAUUAUUACCAAAGACCAUUUUCUGGCUAUGGAAUUUGCUAAAGUGGUGCUAAGUUUCAAUAAACUCGAUAUUGACGACCAAGCAUUAAUAAUAAAAGAUUUAAUUGAGCCAAUCUUUAUGUUCUUCAAUAGUUUUUACGCUAGCUGCAUGAAUGCUGCUCAAUGGACAACUUCUGAGGGGUUGACGUUAGGAACGAUGUUAACGACUAAAUCUUUAAUUAAUGAUGAGAAAAUUCAAAAGUUUCGUCAACAGUUGGUCUUUCAAUCUGUUCAAGCUUUUGCAGAUUUAGAUCUUGCCCCAGAAGAAUUUCUCUUAUUGCUUGCUAUUCUUAUCUCAAGUUCAACAGUAGAUGGGUUGUCGGCAAAAUCGCGUGAAAUAAUAUAUAAUAAUUCUGUACACUAUUCCAAACUACUUUUUACAAUAUUGCAAACAAAAUAUGGUGUCAAUGCAAUUAAGAGAUAUGUACCUGUAAUGCAACUUGUAGCUAAGGCACACAAACUAAAGUAUAUAUCAAAGACUCUUGGCACUUAUAUUGAAGUAUUUAUUUUACAUGGAAAAGAUGCUAUAUGUCAAACUAUACCAAAAACCGUCUUGAUGUUUAUGGAAUAG